AUGCCUAUGACUAGCCAAGAUCAGUGGAUGAAGGUUAAUUUACCUCCAUUACUCCCUCCGAAAUACCACAAGCAGCUUGGUAGGCCUAAGAAGACAAGAAAACAAGCUGUUGAAGAACCUAAACUUCCUGCUAAUCCAUAUAAGCUUCCUAGGUAUGGCAUCCCUUUAAAGUGUGGCAAUUGCGGUGGAGAAGGGCAUAAUCGAAGUAGUUGUAAGGAACCUAGAAAUCCCAACAUAAAGCCUACUAGGAAGAGGAACAUUGCCAAGGACAAACUUGCAGUAAGAAGGAGAGAUGGUGGAGACCAAAGUGGCGGACAACAGAGUAUGCAAUUAAGGCAAAGGAAACACUCAAGCACUUCCCAAGGGCCUUCUCAAUCCCAGGCAUCUCAAGUAGCUGCUGCUUCUCUAUCCCAACCAUAUGAAGCAGUUGAUGCUUUUCAAUCUCAGCCAUCUGAAGCAGCUGAUGCUUUUCAAUCCCAGCCAUCUCAAGCACCUGAACCUGCCAAAUUAUCUCGAGUACAACAACGUCGGAGGAGGAUGAAAGAUCAACAGAGGAGCCAUUUUGUCAAAGAUCCUUUUUUUUAA